AUGAUCUCUAAAUUGAAACCUCAAUUUAUGUUUUCACAAAAAAAACAUAUUUUAAGUUAUAGUAGAAAGGAUGUUUUAAAAUUACUUGAACAGAAGUUUUAUUAUACUAACAAAAAGAAAGAGAGUAAUAAUAUGAACAAUGAAUCUUUAUUAAGGUUAUUAAUAUAUGAUAGAUAUUAUAAUAAGAUAGAUUCUAAUAAUAAUUAUAUUAAGUGUGGGAAAAUAUUAAGUACUGAUACUAAAUAUAAUUAUUCACCUAUAUGUAAAUAUAAUAAGAAAAUAAAUGAUAUAUCAUAUUUCUCUGUACCUUUUAAGAUUAAUAUAAGAAAUUUAGGUACCUCUAAUUUUGUAAAGAAUAAGAAAGAUGUAAUAGAUAAUGAUUAUAUUUAUGAAAAUAUCAAAAAAGAAAAAUCUAAGCAUAAAAAAAUAAUAUUUUUAUUAUUUGUUUCAUUAUUUGGAUUAUAUGGAUUUUUUGAAUCUUAUAAUCCUGAAUUUUUUUUAUAUGAUAUAUUUUUAAAAUUUUGUUUAAAAUAUAUUGAUGGUGAAAUAUGUCAUGACCUUUUUUUACUACUAGGAAAAUAUAAUAUAUUACCAUAUGAUACUAGUAAUGAUAGUAUAUAUGCAAGUGCAAAUAUUAAACAUCUAGAUUUUAUAAAUCCCUUUGGUGUUGCUGCAGGAUUUGAUAAGAAUGGUGUAUGUAUAGAUAGUAUAUUAAAAUUAGGUUUUUCAUUUAUUGAAAUUGGCACAAUAACUCCUAAGGGUCAGAAGGGUAAUCCUAAACCACGUAUUUUUAGAGAUGUUGAAUCUAGAAGUGUUAUAAAUUCUUGUGGAUUUAAUAAUAUGGGUUGUGAUAAAGUAACAGAAAAUUUAAUAGAUUUUCGUAAAAGACAAGAAAAAGAUAAAUUAUUAAGUAAACAUAUUGUAGGUGUGAGUAUAGGUAAAAAUAAAGAUACUGUUAAUAUUGUAGAUGAUCUAAAAUAUUGUAUUAAUAAAAUAGGAAGAUACGCUGAUUAUAUAGCUAUUAAUGUAAGUUCCCCCAAUACACCUGGGUUAAGAGAUAAUCAAGAAGCUGGGAAAUUAAAAAAUAUAAUUUUAAGUGUAAAACAAGAAAUAGAUAAUUUAGAAAAAAAUAAUAUUGUGAAUGAUGAAAAUAUUUAUAAUGAAGAUAAAAUAGGAGAAACAAAAAAUUUAAAUAAAAAUAAUAGUGACAUAAUGAAAAAUUCUAAUGAUAACAUCCUAUGGUUUAAUACUACAAAAAAGAAACCCUUAGUUUUUGUUAAGUUAGCUCCAGAUCUUAACCAAGAACAGAAAAAAGAAAUAGCUGAAGUAUUACUAGAAACUAAUAUAGAUGGUAUGAUUAUUUCUAAUACUACGACACAAAUAAAUGAUAUAAAAAGUUUUGAAAAUAAAAAAGGAGGUGUUAGUGGAGCAAAAUUAAAAGAUAUAUCUACAAAAUUUAUAUGUGAAAUGUAUAAUUAUACAAAUAAACAAAUACCCAUUAUUGCUUCAGGAGGAAUAUUUAGUGGAUUAGAUGCUUUAGAAAAAAUUGAAGCAGGUGCUUCAGUUUGUCAAUUAUAUUCUUGUCUGGUUUUUAAUGGUAUGAAAUCAGCUGUUCAAAUUAAAAGGGAAUUGAAUCACUUACUUUAUCAAAGGGGUUAUUACAAUUUAAAGGAGGCCAUUGGCCGAAAGCAUAGCAAAAGUUAA